UACUUCCGCCAUUUUUAAUGAGGGCGAGUGAGCUUGUGAGGUUGGCGUGUAGGGGUACUGGAAGCACUCUUGAGAUGGGUUUGCCAGCACAGGUGGUGGCCAGGUACCAAUGCUCAGAACCUGUUUUUGGGGUGGUGGCCCCAGGGCUCCUCCGAGAUGCUCUGCUGCACAUGGCCAAGGAGAACGAACGGGCUUUACGAGAGCUGUGUGAUGAGGCUGGCUGCUUCAAGGAGACAUGGAUAGUCGAGUUUGUGUUUCUUUUGUCUGAAAAAUGGAACCUGCCUGAAUCUGCAAGAUACCAAGCAAUUGAAAUAUUUGAAAGGUUCAUGCUCAUAUGUACUCAAGAGGUCUCAUUUUCCGCUGAAGCAGAGGAGGAAGAAAACAGCUGGGUCUUGGUGAAACAGCGGAUUGAAGACACAUGUGUGCUGCGACUGGUCUCUUGCAUCCAGCUUGCUAGCAAACUCUCCUUCCACUACAGUAUAGUCAGCAACACCAUGGUCCUGAAGUUCCUGCAGUCUUUGGAUUUCUCCUAUACCACAGACCAAUUGCUGGAAUCUGAACUGGCUAUUCUGAAGGCUCUGCAUUUCCAGAUCAAUGUUCCAACUCCUUCAGCUUACAUUGAGUUGCUUUUGGAGGUUUUAGGGCACAACGGCUGCUUGCUCCCCAUGAAACAGAUGCAUGACAUGUGUCAACACCUGCUGGUUUUAACAUACCUCCUCCGGGUCAGCAUCUACAGCACCCUGCUGAAGGUGUCAAUUGAAAACACAUCGCCAAAUGAACUCCAGCUAGUCAAGUUUGCAGCUGUGAAAGAAGAUCUAAUGCUGUUGGCUGUGGGAGUCAUUGGGGCAAGUGCUUUCUUGCUCCACCCAGAAGGCUGGAACCAGGUUGCAGAGAAUCUCAUCGACACCACUGGCAUCAGUAUGCAAAGCAUAGUUGAGAUAGUCAAUGCGAUCUUGAAGCACAGUAUUGACGAUGUUGUGGAUGACUGCUAAAACUUCUCCCCCAACUGCCAGCAUUCUGCCAUCUCUCCCAUACACACAGGGUAUA